AUGGCUAGCUCAACAGACGUCCUCAUGGCAGACCAAACUUCGACUCUGAUGCUCACAGACGACUCCUUCCAGGAUCCAGUUGCCGCUACAACAGCAACGGGCAGUAGCAGUGGUGGUGUGCCUGACUUUGUCAAGAAGCUCUACCGGAUGCUCGAAGAAAAAGAACACGACCCUAUUGUCUCUUGGGGAAAGUCCGGCGAGACCUUUGUCGUCAAGGAGCCCAACGAGUUUGCCAAGGCCAUCCUCCCCAAGCACUUCAAGCACAACAACUUUGCUUCCUUUGUUCGUCAACUCAACAAAUACGACUUUCACAAGAUCAAAACCACCGAGGACGCUGCCCGACCCUACGGCGACCAGGCAUGGGAGUUUCAGCACCCAAAGUUUCAGGUUGACAAACGAGAUCUGCUGGAAAACAUCAAGCGCAAGACACCCACCAACAAGAAACUGUCGAUACCCUCUGGCUCUUCCCCCGACCACCAGGCGGCCACGUCAGAAGAGUGCCAGAUGCAACUGGACGACAUGCUCAAGAUCCAAACAAAGAUGCAAGCAGAGCUCGCGCAAUGCGAAGCCAAGCUCAAGGCGCAAGACCAAUUGAUCCACCAGCUCCUGGGGCUGCUCGGGUACUCUACCUCAGGUGACGGUACCUUAGUCAGAAACUUGUCCCACGCUGGAGUCGACUCUAAAUUAUCAUCACUGACGGCCAGUCCCACCUCUAGUCCUACCCAGCAGCAGAAGCAACAACCUCAACCGCGCAAGGGCACCAAGCGUGCAUCACAACAGGAGACUGCCAUCCAAGAGCAACAGACCGCCUUCAACUCGCCACCCCAGUCCUCCACAUCCUCCUCGUCAUAUCCUAGCCUGGGACUCCCCGCCUUCCCUUUGAGCCAAUUGACGACCAAGAAGCAAGGCGACGCUGUUGGAAAGCAGCCCACCUCCAAGCCAGCCACGAAACCUACCGCCAAACAGCAGCGCGCCUUGGCACAGAAACAGCAACAGGAGCAACGGAUACAGCAGCAAAAGGAGGAACAGCAGCAGCAACAACAACAGUAUAUCUCAGAUGUUAUUUCGAACGACAACAGUCUGACGCUCCAGCGCUCAAAUAUGGUCAUCCCCAGCUGGGCCAUGCCACCCAAGGUCUUGCUUGUCGAUGAUGACGAUACCUGCCGACGACUGAGCUCAAGGCUCUUGCAGAUCUUUGGAUGUCCCUUUGAUGUUGCCGAAGACGGCAUGGCCGCUGUCGGAAAGAUGACCCAUCAGAAAUACGACAUUGUCCUCAUGGAUAUUGUGAUGCCCAAGCUGGAUGGAGUUUCAGCAACGACACAGAUUCGACAGUUUGAUGCCAUGACGCCCAUUAUCAGUAUGACCUCCAACACCACCAACAACGAUAUCAUGACCUACUUUGCCAACGGAAUGAACGAUAUUCUGGCCAAACCCUUUUCCAAGGCCGGUCUGUUGAACAUAUUGGAGAAGCAUUGCCAACAUCUGAGGUAUCUCAAGUUGGGCACCGGACUCCUGUCCAUCCCUCCGUCAUCCUCCUCAGCAGCUGGAGCUGGUUCAGGAUCGGGAUCGGGGGCUGUGGAGGGUCAGGACGAGACGACGCGGUUACAGAUCUUGUACCACUCUGGUGCAGGUGAUGUCAAUGCGAAUGGCGGGGCUGGAGGAAACGAUAGCAUGGAUCUUUAUCAGACCGGCGGGAUCCAACUUGUAAAUAGUAACGAAAAGCCGGUCGGAAACAACGGAAACGGUACCGAGACCGUGAGCAUGGGUCUCCAGAUGGGCAUGGGAGGCAUGUUGAUCCUGAACGGCGUCAACGGUGCUGAUCUGGCCUCUUCCAACGGUAGUGCUGGUGGCGAGGAUGAUAACGGAAUCGCAGCAUCUCAGAACGGGUUCAUGGCCAGUGCUGCUCAGAUGCUCCAGCAGCAACAGCAGCAGCAUCACCAACAGCAGCAACAACAACAUCAGCUUCAUCAACAACAACAGCAACAGAGACCUCUACAGCAACAGCAGCAGCAGCAGACGUUACAGGAUCAGCACCAUGUGCAGAUGAUGAACGCUCACCACCGCAGCAGUCUAUCGUCGAACCUGAUGACCCAGCAUACGUCGAUGGCCAUGUCGAUGCCUGGAACCUCGGCCUCUUCCUCCGCAGGUCUGAUGUCUCCUAUGCCUAUCGUCAAUGGAUCCGGUUCCGCUUUUUCCACAGCGGGAUCUGGAGCCUCGAUGAUGUACAAUUUUGCUCCCGGCAGCAGUAGCCCCAUGGACCCUCUUGGGCAGCAACAGCAACAUCACCACCACCAACAACAACAGCAGCAGCAUCAUCAUCAGAUGCAACAACAGCACCAACAGCAACAACAGCAACAACAACAACAACAACAGCAGCAACAGUUUGCAAAUGCGUUGCAUCCUCCUUCGCAUAUGCCAUUGUACCACCACCCUGCAGGAGCUACAGGACCAACCAUGACACUGAUGUCGAUCAAGACUGAGGGUUCCUUAUUGGGUCAGCCUGGCAGCAACGGAAGUGUCCCCCAGAUGGUCAGUCAUCAUCAUGUUGCCAUGACGCUGGGUCAUCCUGUCGACUUUGGUGAUGCCCUUGGAGCUGCUGGUAUGGGUGGCAUGGACAUGGAUCCCCGUCGCAAGCGCGCCAAGAUCGAAGUCAUCGAGUAA